AUGUACAAUUUCAGGAAGUUCUUGAGAGAAUCAUAUAACCUGCAAACGAAUCACGUGUCCGAGCUUCGAAAGCCGGUGUUGAUGCUUAUAUCGCGACAGAAUACGAGACGGUUUCUGAACGAACAUGGAAUGAUCGAGAUGAUGGAGGGACUAGGCUUUCAAGUCACAAGGGUGGAACCUGAGAGGAUGUACUUGAACGAGUUCUCCGUGCUGGUGAACUCAUGCUGUCUCAUGGUUGGAGCCCAUGGUGCAGGGCUAACAAAUGAGAUAUUCUUGCCCAAUGGUGCAGUCAUGAUUCAAGUGUUGCCACUGGGAUGUGAUUGGGGGGCAAUUUCCAAUUACGGUGGACCGGCAAAGUCGAUGGGGGUUCGAUACUUGGAGUACAAGAUAGAACCGGAGGAAAGUUCGUUGUUCGAUCGUUACGGUAAAUAUCACCCUGUUGUUAGUGAUCCGGAAUCUAUAAUGUCAAAGGGAUAUCGUGCAUUCAGGUCUGUGUAUGUUGAUGGCCAAGAUGUAAAGAUCAAUUUAGAUAGAUUUAAGAAGACCCUUGUUGAAGAUAAGCAUAUUCUUGAAACCUCAAUUCCCUUUAAUCCAUGA